CCCUUGGAAGUUGAAGGCACUGUUGUUCUAGCUCCUAUCCUGCUCCAUCCGUACACCCCGCCCCACCCCACCAACGCACAGCCCCCUCAGCUAACUGCGUCAGCAUCGUCUAGGUUUAGGGCAGAGUUCAGAGCAGAGAUUUCCAGGAGCCUCCACACCAGGUUACUUAUCGUUAAUAGGUUAUCCUGAUUCUGUCUGUCAGAGUAUAAGUCGCAAACGUCGGUUAUUACCCGCGACGUUUUUUACCUGGGCGUCGCUCUCAAGCCGGCAUAGUUUCGAAUUAAGAAUCAUUUGACGGGAUGCAAUUGGGCAUCAGGCCGCGCCCAGCAGGGCUAGGAGCGAUUGACACGUGGUAGUGGGGAUGAUGCCAGAAAGCCGCUGGACGAACUCCCAAGGUCGCGGGUUCGAUUCUCAGCAACCCUAGAUGUCUCAGGUUCGAGGUCAGGCUGGGCACGCCCUGAAAGGCGAAGCUCCGUACGCUAACGGCGUAAGUGACCUUCAUCAGCAGCAGCAGUCAAGGCAAUACGCGAAUCAGCCUAUAACGAAUCAACAGCGACUGUAUGCGGGGCAGCAGCAGCAGCAGCCCAAUCAGCAACAUCGCGUAAGGGGGGGCUCCGCCGCUCCCCCCCAACCGGGAGCCCACGCUGUAGCGCAGCAGGGUUACAACCAUGCAUCCUACGGUUACAACGACGCGUACGCCGCUGAAGGGGACGAGUACGCGUACGAGGAUGAGGCAGGCGGGAGCGGGGUCCAAGCGCGACCAGCACCAGCAUCGGCGCAAGGGCUUGCGCCAACCGGCGGAAUGGGGGGAACGGCGGGAAGGGGGGAUCGGGGGGGAGGGGGGGAAUCGGGGGAAGGUCUGGGUCUAUGGGGGGGGCGCGGGGCCGGGGGAGAGGAGGGGGAGUGGCGCAGCAAGGAGUUCCGCCGCAGGUAGCGGGAGCGCAGAUGCAACAGGCGCAACCGUUGCCGCCGCAGCAACAGCAGCAGCAGCAGUAUGCGCAGCAGAAGCCCCUGCGGCAACCACCGCCCAUGCAGCAGCAGCAGGAGGACGAUUCAGAUCUACCUGUCGUGUUGCACCUACCCCCGUUAGCCCAGCGCCAGUCACAAGCAAUGCAACACCAGCAGCAGCAGCAAUUACAGCAACAGCAGGACGACAGUUCAGAUCUACCUGUCCAGUUGCACCUUCCCCCGUUAGCCCAGCGCCAAGCACACGCGAUGCAGCAACAGCUGCAACAACAGCACCAUCCGCAGUUACAGCAGCAGCAGCAGCAGCAGCAGCAGCAGCAGCAAGACGACAGCUCAGAUCUACCUGUCGUGUUGCACCUUCCCCCGUUAGCCCAGCGCCAAUCACAAGCGAUGCAACACCAGCACCAGCAGCAGCAAUUACAGCAACAGCAGCAGUUACAGCAGCAGCAGCAACAGCAGCAGCGGCAGGACGACGACAGUUCAGAUCACGGCGUGCAGUUGCACCUCCCCCCCUUAGCUCAGCGCCGGGCCUUCAUAGCCGGAAAGCGCGCCUCCAGCCUUAAUUCCGCUUCUCUAGACCGCGCUGCGGCUUCCCUCUCCCUUAACCCACCCGCAACUGGUGGCCCGGGGUAUGCGGGGGGAAGCGGGAACUACGCUGGCGGAAACUUAGGGGAAAGCGGGGGGAGUGGGAACUACGGAGGCGGGAAUUCAGGGGGAAGCGGGGGAAGCGGGAACUAUGGAGGCGGAAAAUUGGUGGCAGGUGGGGGGAGUGGGAACUACGGAGGCGGGAAGCUAGGAGGGAGGGGGGGGAGUGGGAAUUACGGGGGCGGGAAGUUAGGGGGGAGUGGGGGGAGCGGGAACUAUGGGGUCGGGAAGUUAGGGGGGAGCGGAGGGAGCGGGAACUAUGGGGAGGGUGCGGGGAGUCAGCAGCAGGUGCGGGGGGCGAAGGGCGGAUCAAGAAUGGCUGGGGGGAUGGGACAGGGGGCGGGGGGGAUGCCUGCGGGGAUGCAUGGGGGGAUGGGGGCAGGCGUGGGGGGAGUUCCUGGGGGAAGCAUGGGGGGUGGGGGGGCUGGUGGGGGGAAGGCUGUUCCGCCCAUGCGCAGGAGCGUGAGCGGGGAUCGAUCGUCCAUAAAUAAGCCGCCUGGAGACUUGAUGGGUGGGGGUAUGGGGCCAGGUAUGGGCGGGGGAAUGGGGGGAGGCAUGGGAGGGGGAAUGGGGGGAGGCAUGGGAGGGGGAAUGGGGGGAAGCAUGGGCGGAGCUGGAGGCAUGGGGAUGGGGGGAAUGGUGCCGUGUAAUGCCCCCCGACCGAACGCGCCCCAUCCUUAUCAGCACCACCUUCAGCAGCAGCAGCAGCAGCAGAUGCAGCAGCACCAGCAAUUUCACCAGCAGCAGCAGCUACCCAUGAAAGCGCCUCAGCAGGAGCAGAAUCCGGAGGGGCCACCAAUCCUCGUCCUCCCGCCGUUCUUCCGCACUCGCAGCGUCCCCGAACGAGAGCUCUACGGCAAUUACCCUCCAAACCACAUGCCGAACCACAUGCCGAACCAGAUGCCAAACCAGAUGCUACAACUGCCUACUCAGGGGGCUUAUGGUAGCGCUGGUGGCAUGGGUGCUGGGAUAGGCGUGGGUGGAGGUCCCAACUACCCCCAGUCCCCUACGCCUGAUUUCUGCAGCCCCACGGUUCCACCGGAGUUGCAGUGGGACGGGGUUAGCGCAAAGAUGGCCCCUCCACAGCAGUUACAGCAGCAGCAGGUGCAGCAGGUGCAGGGGCAGAAGCCGCAGCGGCAGCACCGGCUUUCUCUCUCCCAGCAGCAGCAGCAGCAGCAGGGGGGGGCGGGGCUGGCUCCGUUGCGCCGUGUGCACACCGGUACGCCCUGCCAGCCUGCCUCCCUCCCUCCCACCGCUGCCCUGCCUCUCCGCCGCUCUGUCUCCGGCUCAACCGCUCGCACUCACACCAACGCUGCCAACCCCGCUGCCACAGCAGCAGCAGCAGCUGGGUCCAGCCCUGUGCCCUCAUCUCUCGGCGGCGAUUCCGAGGUGUCUGAGGCGUAUGGGGACCUGUACCCAUCUGGAGCUGGCGCUGGCGGCUCUUCUUCUAGGCCCAACUCCGCUGCCUCAUCUGCUGCUGCUUCCGCCCCUGCGUCUGCUUCUGCUUCUCCUGUUCCUGCUUCCCUGAGCAGCAGCGGCAGUGGGGUUUCUCCUGGCAUUCCAAGCGGCUCCACAGCAGCAGCAGGAGGGGGAGGGGGGGGAAGUCCGUUUCGCAAACCGUUCCCACCCCUCCCUGCUCUGCAGAUCCCGUUCAAUUCCGCUGACAGUCCCCGCGCCCCGCCCCCUGCUGUGCACCCCUCCAUGCUCUCUCCUGCCAGCCUGGAAGCUGCUAUCAAGGGCAAGGGUGGGGCCCUGCCCCCUGGGGGCAUAGCAAUUGCGCCAGGGGGAGGGGUAGGGGGAGGGGGAGGGGGAGGGGGAGGACAGUCUGGUGGGGUGGUGGCUGGAGCAGGUUCAUCUGGAGGUGCAGGGGCAGGCGAGAAGGGUGGGAAGGUGCGGGAUGCAACCAAGAAGGUGAAGAAGGCGCAGCAAGGGGAGGAGAAAGGCCGGUCUGUGCUGCCAUUGUCAUCAUCGCUGGGGCCGGCAGCUGCAGCAGGGGGGGGAGGAGGGGCAGGAAGAGGAGGGGGAGGAGGUGCAACAAAGGUUGCUACUUCCAGGUCUUUGGAAAGUGACGUUGGUGGUGGUGGUGGUGGUGGUGGUGGGGCAAGUGGGGGGAAGGUGCGGGGGAUUAGAAAGAGCCAAACCACCAAGCAGUGAUACUUCCCUGCCCGAGCUCUCGCUCCCACCAGCCAAGCACGGCUGCUUCUCCACCUGGGGAAUUCACGAAGCACUGAUGCCUCUCUCUCUCUCUCUCUCUCUCUCUCUCUCUCUCUCUCUCUCUCUCUCUCUCUCUCUCUCUCUCUCUCUCUCUCUCUCUCUCUCUCCCACACACACUCACUGAGGCAGCGCUGCACGCACUUACGCUUAUAUUCUCUCUUCUCCUCCACUACAAGACUGCACCGCUCUGCCGCCAACACACUCUUUCUCCCUGACUGGAACUUUUUUUUCCUGACUGGACUACGACAGUACACUGAACCACUCUGCACCGCACUGUGCUGAAAAGCCACUCCACCUCAUUACGCAACCCACGUUUCACUUCGAUCACUCCCACUGACUGCCCACCAUAACCCUGUGACCACCAUCACUUCAUGGACCACUAAUUCUUACCCACUAUGCAUCAUUUUUUAUUCUGCUCAUUUGCCUGUUUCUACCCUCGUCCUUCUGGUAUUAUGACUGUGUCACCCUUUGUUCUCACCCCACAACCCCUCUACUGAAUCCUGGCUAACCCACUCUUUCUGCUUACUUUCUGCUAAAGCUCCGUAUGCCCUAACCCGCUCUUUCCCGCUUCCCUCCCUGAUUAUGCAACUAGUGGCCGGUUGCCUUUUGUCCCUCCUGAACUGGACUGGACUCUGGAGUCCUCCUGCCCCUCCUGUGGCAGCCUUGUUGUGGGUGAUGUGAUGUCCCAUCUCAGCCUUGUACCGGUGCUUUGCACACAGGCAUUCCUUGACUGGUUCCUGCAGUUUGCUAGUGGAUGUAUUUAUGGUACAGUACCACCUGUUGCAUGUAAGUAAUGCACUGUGAUAAGGUUGCUUGAAGGGUGCCCACUUCAGUAGCUCU